GCAUGGGCAUUCGGUGGCAUGUUUAGGGCGCUUAUCUCAAUUGAUGUUUUGUUGUGGGAUGAGAUGCAAAUAACAACAUGAAGAGGGAAUUUUCUCAUUAAUUAUAGUAAUAGUUUUGAUAAAUAGCGUCAAUAAAGCCAUGAUAUGUUCGUAACGACAGUAAUUCGGGUUGGACACGCUGCUAGCCGCCAUGGACCUUUUUGACAGCUCGGUUUCUCUCGGAGGUGCGUCGGUGGCGGCCUCAGGAGAAGAUGUGGAGAGCCCCGACGCUUCGCUACCUUGGGCGCGUUUCUCCGCUUGGCUGGAGUGUGUGUGCGUCGUCACCUUCGACCUGGAACUCGGGCAAGCCAUCGAGCUCCUGUAUCCUCACGACGUGAAACUUACCGAGAAAGAGAAAACCAGCAUAUGUUAUCUGUCCUUCCCCGACUCCUAUUCAGGUUGCCUCGGCGAUACCCAGUUCAGCUUCCGUCUCAGGCAUUCGGUGGGGCGUGGUAAUAGAGGGGCGUGGUUUGAGGAGAGUGACACCUACAACAGAAAUGUACCUGUGACGCUUCAGAGGGAGCAGUCUCAUCUCUAUGGUUACGUGUACUUCAGGCAAGUAAAAGAUGGCUCUGUCAAACGUGGAUAUUUUCAGAAGUCCCUGGUGCUGGUGUCCAGGUUGCCGUUUGCUCAGCUCUUCCGGUCCCUGCUACAGAUCAUCGCUCCAGAGUAUUUUGAAAAGCAGGAGCCAUGCCUAGAGGCUGUGUGUAAUGAGAUUGAUCAGUGGCCUGGUCCAACUCCUGGACAAAUCCUCAAUCUACCAGUCAUGGGAAUAGUCAUUCAGGUCAGGAUUCCUUCCAAAGAUGACAAGCCCAGGGAAAGUCCAGUUUCACCUAAAGAGAAUCUUUUACCUGGCCCUAUGGUCCUACCCUCCCCCCAAGAACAAAACCUUUUCCAGUGUUUCCAGUCUAUGCUGAUCCACGUGCAGAUGCUCUGGGAGCUCAUGUUGCUAGGCGAGCCUGUUGUCGUCAUGGCGCCCUCGCCAACCGUUUGCUCUGAAACUGUGCUCGCCCUGGUCAGCGCUGUCUCUCCGCUGAAGUAUUGCUGUGACUUCAGACCGUACUUCACCAUCCAUGACAGUGAGUUCAAGGAGUACACCACCCGGACACAGGCCCCACCAAAUGUGAUUCUGGGAGUGACUAAUCCAUUUUUCAUUAAGACCUUCCAGUUUUGGCCACACCUCAUCCGGCUGGGUGAAGUCAAGAUGACCGGUGAUGUACCCAAACAGGUGAAGGUUAAAAAACUGGCCAAACUGAAGAGCCUCGACACCAAACCAGGUAUCUAUACAGCCUAUAAGACAUUUCUGCACAAGGACAAGAUGCUCAUCAAACGCCUUCUCAAGGGCAUCCAGAGGAGGAGUAGGAGCGAAGUGCACAGCGCCACCUUGAGGCGGCACCUGCUGGAGCUGACUCAGAGUUUCAUCAUCCCUCUGGAACGUUACCUGGCCAGCCUCAUGCCUCUUCAACGCUCCAUAUCACCGUGGAAGACCCCUCCUCAAAUCCGCCCCUUCAGUCAGGACGAGUUCAUCGGCACACUGGACCAUGCAGGACCUCAGCUCACCUCUGUACUGAAAGGUGAUUGGCUGGGCCUCUAUAGGCGUUUCUUUCGCUCUCAGAACUUUGACGGCUGGUACCGGCUGAGACUUCGUGAAAUGACGCAGAAGGUGGAGUCACUACACCUUGAGAUAAUCUGUGAUGCAGAUCUGCUGGCCUGGACAAGAGACAGGUCAGAAGUGGAGAUUGUAGACCUCAUCCUUAAACUACGCGAGAAGCUGGUGAGGGAAGGCUGCAGGCAUCAGCUGUGUGUGCAGGAGGAGCUGCUGGAGAGACUGGAGCGCUCCAUCCACACCGUCAUCAGCUCCCUGCCUGAGGACCUGCAGACCCUGCUGCACCCACACACACACACCUGAGGACCUGCAGACCCUGCUGCACCCACACACCUGAGGACCUGCAGACCCUGCUGCACCCACACCCACACCCACACACCUGAGGACCUGCAGACCCUGCUGCACCCACACCCACACACCUG